ACCAUUCCUAUCUUGCGUAUAGUCUAUAGAGUUGUGUGCCAUGAGAUAGUAACUACCGCCGCAGCGCUCUCAGCUAUCAGGUUUGUGACGAUAAGGGUCGCUAAUCAAACUACCAUAUGACGUACAACGGUAACACGUAUUUUUCGAGGGGAUGUUAGCAAGCUGCCUUGCAUAUGGGCAAAUCGAUGCGCUGUUGGAUGGUUGUAACACUGGUUUGCGGCGGUUGGCGGUAUGUGGAGACCGUACGCGAUGACGUGCUGUUGCUAAUAUUCCUUGAGGGCAGCAGCGGUAUCCAUACUGGUUAGGUUAGGCGUGGAGUACUUCUACAAUCUCACCAAUGCACAGCGGUAAUCAGUACAACAUACUUGUGCAAAUUUUGUUAGCUUAUGAAAAUCGGUAUCACGAUAUUGAAGCGGUGUGUAGCUUGGUGUUUUGUUCUAACCGGGCGGAAUAUUAGUAGUACUUGCGGCGAUCGCCUACCGCAGGUUCAUAUUUUUCGAUAAAUAUUGAUAGAAAAUAACUGAAGCCUUAAGAACAACUGUGAGCUGCGUGAAUCCAGGCUGUGGAAGUUAGUGACAGAGGGGGAAUACUAUACUGGUGUUAGUUUUACAAAAUUCAGUAAACAUUUGUUAGUAAACAUACAGUACACAUGGUUUCGGUUCACGUGUUAGAUGAAGUUGCGUUGGUAAUCAUUAGGAAAAAAGAUACACAAUUUUUCACUACUCGUCAAUCUAAUGGAUCUGGAAACUAACAACAAUUAUGUAGUGAGAACUAGUGAGCUUUGUUGAAUAUAUCAAUAAUUUGAAGGUAUUAUACUGCGUCAGUGAUGGAGUGCUCGAUGUGAUUAAGUCUCGCGAUAAGUUAUCGAAAAUGACAAGAGAAAAUAAUUAGAUGUUUCUUAUGGUGUGUGUGUUGUCUGCGUAAUCGAAGUAUAAAGCCAGAUAGAGUGUAUUUUCAAUCGUAUCGUACAAGUAAAAUCCUUUAUUCGCUCUAAAAUAGAAAAGACGAAUGGACCUCCAUUAUAAAUCAAAACAUUUAUCAAUGAGCGGAGUGAGAAGAAAAUCUCGCCAAUAAACUCGUACUGGUGGCACGCUGUUUCGGUGUUGUUUGCCUUGUCGCGGGGGCUCCUCAGCCCCCGCUGCAAACCAUCAGAAAAGCAACACGUCGACAAUAGACGAUCACAUUGUCGACUACGCCACCGAAGACGAAGCUUUAACUACUAGCACUACGGAGUUGUACCAUUAUCAGCAGCAGCAGCAGCACGAACAACAGUUCAACAGUAACAAUACCACCGCCAAGCAUAGCAACAGUACCAACACUGAAAGCAGCAACAACAAUAGUGAUAACGCUCAACAACUAACGCUUCUCGACGAGCAAACUUUAAAUUCACAGCAACAACUGCAGCAAUCACAGUCCGGACAGCUGAAAUUGCCUCACAUUGAAGAAGAGGAAGACGAUGAGUUUGACAUUGGUAUGCAACAUUUCCAUAAUCCCCUGCUACCAUCCCGAAUUAAAGCAUGUACAAUUCGAUACGCAGAUGUCGUGCGCUCGUUAACACCUUCACCGAAAAUCAAUAUUAGUCGCAUCAAGAUUAAGUCUAAAGCGAAAUCUCUUGCCUCGAACGCGCCGAACUCCACAACUGAAUUAGAACCCAGCACUAGCAGCAACAGUAGCACAAACGUUUCGUCGUCCGCUAACAAGAUGCAGGCGGAGCAGGGUUCGAUCGGCGACUUGCAAAAGUACCACAGUCGUUAUCUGAAGAAUCGGCGACAUACCUUGGCCAAUGUUCGUUUUGACGUUGAAAAUGGCCAAGGUUCACGAUCACCGCUGGAAGGUGGAUCACCAGCAGCCGCCGCUGCUGCCGGAUUGGUACUGCAGAAUCUACCUCAACGAAGAGAAUCCUUUUUGUAUCGGUCUGAUUCGGACUUCGAGAUGUCGCCGAAGUCGAUGUCGAGAAAUUCCAGUAUCGCGAGUGAAAGAACUGAUAAAUUUUCUAGACUCAAAGAAGUGGAAGCGCCAACGAUCACCAGUACAGAACGAACACAUUUGGAAGAUUUGAUCGUAACACCGUUUGCGCAAAUUCUGGCAAGCCUACGUUCGAUACGAUCGAACUUCUACAGCUUGACGAAUGUUACACCGCCCAAAUCAAAACGAAACAAUAUUCAGUUGACACCAAUUCCUAAGGCUCCAACUCCUGGUGAAGAAUCGUAUGUGAAGCUGGCUUUAGAAACGAUCGAUGAGUUGGAUUGGUGCCUUGACCAAUUAGAAACGGUGCAAACGCAUCGCAGUGUUUCCGAUAUGGCAUCAUUAAAAUUCAAAAGAAUGCUUAAUAAAGAAUUGUCGCAUCUAAGCGAAUCUAGCAAGUCUGGUAAUCAAAUCUCUGAGUAUAUUUGCUCUACUUUCUUAGACAAGCAACAGGAGUUGGACAUCCCUUAUAGUAGAGAUGACUCAGAUUCUCAUAAUCAAACCUCGUUCUGUCGCAGUAGGUCACCCAGGAUGGGCGAAAGAAUGUCGCAAAUAUCAGGCUUCAAGAGACCACUGCAGCAUACAAAUUCUUUUACCAGUGACCGCUUACCAGUAUAUGGAGUGGACACACCACAUGAGCAUCAGUUGGGACAGAUUCUCAAUAGUGUCGAUACAUGGGGCAUCGAUAUUUUCAAAAUAGAAACUUUGAGUAACAAUCGACCGCUGACCUGUGUAGCUUUUGCUAUAUUUCAGGAACGGGACAUCUUGAACACUCUUAUGAUACCAUCCAAAGUUUUUCUAGCGUUUAUGACAACCUUAGAGGAUCACUAUGUUAAGGAUAACCCAUUUCACAAUUCUCUUCACGCGGCCGAUGUAGCACAAAGUACUCACGUUCUGUUGAAUACACCAGCUCUAGAGAACGUGUUUACCGCGUUGGAAAUUUGUGCUGCACUAUUUGCAGCCUGCAUACACGACGUUGAUCAUCCAGGUCUGACAAACCAGUUUUUAAUAAAUUCAAGCUCGGAAUUAGCGAUUAUGUACAAUGACGAAUCUGUACUGGAGAACCAUCAUUUAGCAGUUGCAUUUAAACUUUUGCAAAAUGAAGACUGCGAUAUACUACGGAAUAUACAGAAGAAACAACGUCAAACUUUUCGGAAGAUGGUCAUUGAUAUGGUGCUCUCGACGGAUAUGUCGAAACAUAUGACAUUGCUUGCUGAUUUGAAGACAAUGGUUGAAACAAAAAAGGUAGCAGGAUCUGGAGUUCUUCUGUUAGAUAAUUAUACUGAUAGGAUACAGGUAUUAGAAAAUAUGGUACACUGUGCUGAUUUGAGCAAUCCCACCAAACCAUUACCCUUGUACAAAAGAUGGGUCUCUCUACUGAUGGAGGAAUUCUUUUUGCAAGGAGACAAGGAGCGAGCUGCUGGAAUGGACAUAAGCCCAAUGUGCGAUAGACAUAAUGCGACAAUCGAGAAAUCACAAGUUGGCUUCAUCGAUUAUAUUGUUCACCCACUGUGGGAGACUUGGGCAGAUCUGGUGCAUCCAGAUGCACAGGAUAUCCUUGAUACAUUGGAGGAAAACCGUGACUACUAUCAGAGCUUAAUACCGCCAUCGCCACCGGCGUUAGAUGAAGCAGAGGACAAGAUUCGCUUUCAGAUGACGCUAGAAGAAGAGAGUGCUUCCGAAAAUGACGAUUCGCACCGUGAAGAUAAGCCCCAGUGAAAGUAGUCUGCCUUUCCAUCUCCUUCUCAUGAACAAAUUGAAUGCAAACGUAAACCAAACCAAAUGUAGCAAGAAAUCAAGCAUAUACUCAUCGUAACUUUGUAAUCGUGUAUGCGUCAAUACAAACACGGAACAGCAUAAAGUCUGGUUUUACUGCGGUUGAAUCAAUGCAAGAAAAGAAUGAAUUAAAGCUACUAACAAGAACAAAUGUAACAACACACACAUAUUAUAUAUAUAUAUAUACAUACAAAAACACAAAUACACGCGUGAGGGCAGGUUCCCUACGUUUAAUAUUUAACAGUAGUAUAUGUAAUUCGUUGAUAAUUUAUUAGUUAUGAAAAGAUUUUACGGAUAACAAAGAUUUGUACCAAUAAGUUGAACUUUAUUUUUGAUACGUCUGAGAUGUAUUUGUUAAACUAAAACAACAAGUUUAAAAAACCAACCAUGUAAACCACACGCAUAGCAAAGCUGUAUCCAAAAUGAAACAAUAAAACAAUUUUAAUUCUAGUUUUAGGUAAACUAUACGUUUGGGAAAACGGAAUACAAAUUUGCAGCAAACUAGGUCUCCCAAAAUAAUUGAGAGAUAGCAUUCAUUCCUUUUUAUCUUAAUCAAUAGAGUUUCGACAGCUUACAGUAUAGACAUAGCUGUCGCGCUGUGACUUCUUUAUCUCUCUUCCCCUGGAGAAUCUGUGGUUUAUGGGCCUAACACUAAAAAACUCGUGAUUUUCAAACAUUGUAUCGUGUUCGUUCAUAUGAUUGCUUCUUCACUAUGAAAAAAUAAAUUUUCAUUUUACAGAGCUUUUGGGAGUAAAGCCUCUGUUUACAUGUUCUUUCUUCGUCCAAAAAUACGCAUACUUAUUAACUAUGAUCAAAAAUGUGUGUCCUGUUUUAUGUUAUCGCUACAUGUUACACUCGUCAUUAUGAAUAAUUUGUGUAUACCUUAGUUUUCUAAACAGCAAAUGCAUAAUUUGAAUGAAAAACAUAGUCGGAAACUUUUCCCUCUUCUUCAAGUCUUCAUAGACUUUCAUAUCUUUAAUUUUUCUAGAUAAAUAUCAUAUAUCAAUUACACAAAUUAUUAUUUAUUUAUUUAUUAUUCAUCGCCGACACUCAACCAAUAAUACCAACCUUCAAAAUUACUAACCAGAAGAUAAGUCAAUCCAUCCAAUUUUCCGAUUUUUUUCGUAGAAAACGAUUUUAUUAAAAUUACCAAUUAGAAAAUAAAUCCACACCAUUGUUUUCAUCAAUCGAAUAUAAGUUACUCUUCAAUUCAAAUAUAGGAAAGCGUCAUAAAGCUAGCAAGACAGAUUGAUUCACACUUUAAUUUUUUAAGUGCCAAUACCACAAUUUAACGAUUGUCGAUAGAGCCUAGACAUGACCAAAAAAUACCAUUUCUAAUUUUCGCAUUUAUACUCAUUUUCGCUUUUCAAUGUUUGGCAUGCAAAGCAAAUUUAUAAAAAACAAACUUAUAAAAACUGACAGCCCUUCAUUUUUCAACUGUGAGCAAUUAUGUUGGAUCGAAAACAACUUUUUUCAGUUGCUAUCAAAUUUCUCAUGAAUUUGAACCUUUUGCAAUGUAUUAAAAAUCACGAAGAUUUUAAGUAUUUCGCCCAAUAAGCAAAACUUGUUUGAUAAGUUGCCAUGAACCAAAAAUAGACGCUAGAGAACUAUGAAAAGUGGAUACGCAUCUGAAGAUAUUACAUUGCUUAUUGAAAGUGAAACUGUUCUAUUACAUAAGUAGUUAUCAAAUAGAAGCAAUAUCAAAACAAACAACAAUAUCGAACACGACAACAUUGCAGCUAGAAACGAUUUUAUAUUUCAUUUACAUUCAAAUGAUUUUGCAACUUGAUUUGACAUUUAAAAGAGAUCUGCAAGACGCCUUGUGGUUUCCAAUACGCAUAAGAAAACGUGCAUGAAUUAGAAUAUGUUGUCAAUAUGCCAAAGUUUACGUUAUCGCUUUGUCCCUAACAUAGACUGUUAUUGAAGAAACAAACAAGUAAAAGACCAGGUUUCAUUGAUAGCAUGUUGCUACAUUGCGGUAAAUGGGAAUUUGGGCAUUUUGAAAUAUGCUCAUGCACAUCGUUCCACAUUACAACAUACGCUAUUGUCAGGGCCGACGUCACGCUUGUUUCCCGAAUGGGUAGUAAGGAAUCGGGAAGGAUAUAGAGAUGUGGCAAUACUACUCUUCGCCAUCAUUCACAUGCAUCAUUUGCUAUCGGAGAUCAGAUCUACGAAUUUUCUCUCGAAAAAUUCUGGCAUCUCAGCUCGCGAUGCAUGUUUUAAAUAAAAGAAGAAAGAAAUAGAGGUUAUAGCAGAGAACAGACAUUCGUCUUAUUUUUCAAAGAUGUGUAAAAACUUGAAACCGUCAUUUAACCGUAAGUGGCAAUGCUCCCGCUAUGUGGCGAUCGCGUCAAUGAUAAACCAAGUAUUUAUAUCGAUAAAAUAUCAAUACGGCAAUAUUUAUGCAUUGCAGCUGGGGCAUCGAAAGACAGAGGUCGUUAGUGUAUUAACGUAUAUUGAUUCAAAUUUUUCAAAUCAGGAAAAAAAACUAUUAGAAUUUUUGUUUUUCCUGAGAGGGAAAGUACCCACAGGGAUAUUUUCCGGUACUACCCCCGCUAACCGCCGGCUCUGGCCAUUAUUUGUGUAAGUGGGAACAAGGAAUUUGUCGGAAAAUCUUUCUUUCUAGUGCAAAACAAAUCUCUAGAAAUAUACAAAGCAAACAAAACACACAAGAAAAGUAAAGUGUAAUAACGUACAGAAAAAGUCUGUUUUUGGAGUGGGAAAACCUCUACAAUUAGAAAAAGACUAAUUAACCUAUUUAAAAACGGAAACACAACAAACUAAACAAGAGAGAAAAAAAACACUGUCUGAUUAUGCUAAUAAUUAGUAAAAUGUCGAUGUGUAACUAGUUUUGAGUAAUAGCAGAAAAGGGUAUGAAGCCAUAAUAGCAAGCAACCAAAAUGGGAAAUUGUAACUAGAAUUUCAAUAAUAAUGAAUACCAAAAGGAGUAGAUAGCUUUAGAGUAUUGGUUGAAAUAUUUUCUAUGAUUAAUUUAUAAGGAAACAAUAAUAUAAUGUGUGUUUGUGGUAAUGCAGAUACGUUUAAAAAUAAUGAGUUUUAUAAUUAGAUUAUUAUCGUUACCAAAGGAUUGAUAAUAUUACAUGCAGUUAUUAAUUGUGAAGGCGCAAAUCAUUUGCCAGUGAAAACAUUUUUUAUUCUGUAAACUAACAUUUUCAAAAAUAGCUUUUGAAUUAUUAUGCCAAAAAAUUUUUGUCUUAUUUCCAACCAAAAUUUCAAUGUCUGAAAUAAAACCAUAGAAGGCGGAGAGCCUGUGUUCAAAUUCGAAAUACAACGCGAUCUGUUGCCACAGACAUGCAUAUCCUUAGCUUCUAAUGUCAAAAGCAUUAUUGAUUUUACAUCACAGUAAAUCUAUGUACUGAAAAGAAGCUGUAUGCAGAAUUGUUCUACGCGGUACACUAUAACAAAUUGACAAGUAAGUAACAUCUAGAAUUCGAUGCUCAUUUUUGGUUUGGAAUUUUGUGAUCCACUCUGCGGAUAUUGCAAUUGUUAGCUAUGUCAUGAACCUGAUGUAUCCGUCUUUAUAUGUGCAAUAGACUGCUGGAACUAUUUAUCCGAGAAAGCUGCCCAAGCUCAUCAAAAUUUUGCGCAAUAAAGUGCCUCUUUAACAUAAUCAUGUAUUAAUCGUAGUAGAAAUAUUGUAAUUAAACCUAUAGGAUGAAAAAGAAACAUGCAAGACGCUUUACGUGUUAGUUACUAUUAGACCAACGUGUAAUUUUGAAUAGACCGUAAGAGACAUGUUACUCGCUAUACUCUUCUAUCAGCUAUUUUGGAGGUAUCCACUUAGUAAGCUCUCUUUCUAUCUCUCUAAAUCUCAAGUCCAAUUUUGCCAGUUAUAGUAUGAAAAACACGACUCAUCGAAAAUAAAACACUCAUCAAAGCAUGCACAAAAAUCUAGAUUUAAACUGAAAAGAUGUAAUAUUGAUAGUGUUUCAUUACUUCUCGAAAUAGAUAAAAAUAAUGUCAUUUCACUUGGUUAGUGAACGAGCUUGUGGCAGGAACUUUCCGGAUCACAUUUUUUACAAGAAAUACUUUCUUGUCUGUUGUUAGUCUUGUAUUCAAACAAUUUUCAAUCCAAUAUCAUACAAUUCCAAAAUAUCAAGAGUGCUUAAGCUAAUCGUGGUGGAUAACUGAAUCCCAAGCCAAGAAUGACUUAAUCAAACGAGCAAAAAUGAAAGCAUUACACAUAUAUAUUUUUCGGCGCAGGACGUCGUUUUUCGCAAUAUUUUACAAUAUCUAAUAACACAAUAUUAUGUACGUUAUCAUUGUUUGUUCUGCAAGUCGAGAAGAAAAGCUGAAUAAUAAAAACGAACAAUCAUUUAUUUUUGUUUUAUCAACAGUGAUAAAAAACUAAAUGAAAUUAAGCAUUGACACAAAUGUGAACCUGAAUCGUAGUGUCAGUUGGAGUACGUUCACCAGUAAUAAAUUCUGUUGUGUGUAAUUUUAAAAGUUUAUACUAUCGUCGACGAAGGAAGGGUUUUAUCACUGGUAAACGUACCUUAACAAAAAUGAUCGCAGUCUCCGAUGCAUGCAAACUAUUUGUUCGGAAUAAAACAGAAGUAUUCUAGAGUGACAUAAA